AUGGCGACUGGAUUGAACUCAUCGAAUGACGAACCGCUUUCAAAUUCAAAUUCAAAGAAAAAGUGGGUUCUGGAGACACUAGAGGAUUUUCUAGAGCAAUCAUCACCGACUGGAACAGAACAGGAGUUGAACUGGUUUGAUGAUACUGUUGACGACGACAUUAGCGACACGGAUCCAUUAGAAGAGCUGGAUGCUUUAGCAAACAAUCAUCUGGACGAAGAGCAUCUACGAGAUUACGACUUAUCGUUCUCACGAGAAGACGGCCCCCGUAUGCACCAUACAAAUGAUAACAACUCAAGCAAUAGUAGUGUUAAAGAUGGCAGCAGCAGCAGCAGCAGCAUCAACCGAUCGUACAACUCUUCACGUAGCAAUAUUGAUGGUAUCCUAUGGCCGAUUAUGCGACCAGUGGGCGAAAUGCUGUACGAGAAAGUAGCAUUUGCAUUAUUCAUGGUGGUGUAUUCAAUCAAAGAAACUGUACUGGCUUGGUUCGCCUUCAUCGAUGCAGCGAUGAUAUACAUUUACAACUUUGUAUUAAAGAUCAUGCAAAGUUGCGGUGUGAUGCGUAACCGACCGCACGGUAAUCCGCUACGAAUGUUGGGACAACGAAAGCAAUCACAAAGGAUCUUUUGUUGGAUUGCCGUUGGAAUCUAUCUUUGGAUGUUCUAUGCAUACCUUCAUCGCGACCAGUCAUCCGUCAUCGUCAAAUCUAAUACCUUGUAUGAUUCGUUUUACCACAUAUUUAACGGUCAUGAUCAGCCUCAGUUCCUCUCACCUGAAUCACCGUUACCGCAUACUGCCCCGUCUUUCCCGGCCCAGUCAGGACAGCAGCAACCCGAUUCAUCAACAGCAACUGGCAUGCUUAUUGGCGAAGAAAAUGCAGAAACAAUCCGCGCAACUGUUGAACGUAUCCUAUCCAGCUUUGUUCCAGGAACAACGAACGGUAAGCAGAUGGACUUUAUCAGCAAUUUACAGGCGUACAUGAACGACCAUUAUGUAAAACGCACGGAGCUCCAGGAAAAGCAGCUUUCGUCGCCACCAUCGUCAUCUUCAUCAUCAUCAUCAUCACAAGACAAAUACGAAAACGCUGAACACAAACAAGAGCUCUUCUUGCAACAAGUCGCCGACUUUGCACUUGCCACACGUGGCGCACGAAUAAUACCCAAAAUGACCUCUUCAACAUAUUCAACUAGUAACCGCCAUCUUUGGAAAGCUGCGAUCGCACGCGCGGUGGGCAUUCAUCCAGGAACCUAUCGCGCAUCGCCUCUGAUUGCAUUAUUGCCUGAUACACACGUGGGUCAGUGCUGGCCCAUGACCGGAACGAAUGGAACCCUUGGUAUCAUGCUAAGCCAACCGAUCGCAAUUAAGAGUGUUACCUUGGAAUACCCAGAUAGAGAACAGACCGUGAACACGAGCAGCGCACCACAUGCAUUUGAAAUAUGGGGUUUACACAAAGUCGAGGUCCCCGUGUUCUCCUCUGUCCAGUGGCCUUGGUCCUAUCCUGAAAACGAUAAAGAUACGAACUCAAAGCUGCUGGGUUCGUUCCAAUAUGAUGUCCAGACAGGUCGAUCGGUCCAGACAUUCAAUGUCAACAACGAGCAUGACGAUGUGUUUGAAGCUGUUGUGAUCCGUAUCCUUUCCAAUUGGGGUCAAAAGGCAUAUACUUGUCUUUAUCGUGUACGAGUCCAUGGCGAGGCAUUGUAA